UGCGAUAGUGCUGGUUAGUACGGAGGUGGUUUUCGAUUCGAACGGUCGUCACGUCGGGAGCGCGGUGCAACAUCAAACAACUGAUCAAACGGGAAAACCGACGCCGCGCGCGCCUGUUGUAACUAACUCAUCUGACAUUUAAUUGAUCUAUUUUUAAUAUCAUUCGUUCGUUCGGAACGCGUUUUCCGCCGUUCUCGUGUUGCGACAGUCGAUGACUGUUUGGAUUUUCGCCACCCCCAACGCAUCUAACUGGAUUCAGUCAUUGGCAUAGAGGACGUCAUAAGUAACCGCAUUGCAACAUAUCUAAGCAGGCCAAGCAUACAUGCGAUGGUAUUUUCCGGUUACAGUAACGCGGCCUACUUACCACUCGACAGUGACCAAGGUGUAACUUUUUACAAAAACGAGAACUUGUUAUUCUCACCACCACCAGCAGCUGCUGCGUCCAACAUUGCUCUGGUCUGCCGACGUAACAGCUCUGUGGCAGAAAUGCUAACCACAACAACGGGAAGUGGUCCCUUCGGUGGACAACCGUUGCUUCACGGUGCGCACCAGCAGCGUCACGGCAACAACGUUUGCGAUGACUUCCAACCGGUGGCCCAUCUCAGCUCCAACGGUUAUUACGGAUACGUUCCGCCACCGGCCAACGCCGCUGCACCGAAGGUGAUGUCAACACAUCAAGCGGCGGGUACGCCGCCUCACAUCAACGGUCAUGGUGUUGGUGUCUUAUUGGAUUCUAUCCAUCCAGCAGCAACCCCCACCGCCGUCGCCGCAGACGAUUCCUAUUCGAUGAUGAUGGAUUGCGGUAACGGCGGUGUCGGCGGAGAAAUUGUCCAAGUGGAAAACUACCAACAGCAGCAGCAGCAACAUUUACGAAAGCGAAAAGAGUACAGCGAGCACGUCGAAGCGAACUGCAAACGGCGGAAGACAUGGCAGGAGCAACCAAACGGCACAGGCUUCACCAACUCUACAAACUGGAACCAGCCAUCAUUCCACCAAAUGGAAUGCCAUGAUCAAGCCAUGGACACAUUCUCGUCUCCUCUGCAGUUCCACCAAUCUCCGAUCACGAUGAACGCCCCAACCUCCAUCAACGCAUUCAACGGUUUUCAGCACCACCUGCAACAGCAGCAAAGCCUGAUCUUAACACCCCCUAUGGCAGCAUCCGCGCAGCCUCAAACAAUCCUGCAGCCGAAAAAUUGUUUGUCCCGCGCUAGCUCGCCUUCCCCUAACAAGCCCCUAGGGCGCACCGAACUUGCUGUGGUGGACAAACAGAACCAUCAGCUUCAAGAUCUACGCCACCGACACUCGGCAGCUGGUGCCGAGGACUGCCAAAUGUGGGAAGACUUGUUCAUCAGUUUGCAUGGGUCCGGGUUCUAUCUGGCGUGUUGAGUUCAUCCGGCAACGCGGGGUUGGGUUGACCAAACUAAUAGACGGUUCAUAAUAACACUUUUUUUUCUCCCAAUUAGUGUGUAAAUAGUUUUUGUUUUUAAGGAUUAUGUUUGACAAUCGCCGCUCUUCAUCAUUCACUUGACGCUCCAUUCAUAGUUCAAAUUUUGUACCUUUCGCCUUUUUUUAAAUAAAACUCUUGAAAUAACAUCGAAAAUAGAAUUAGAACUUUUUGUUCAAGCCUAAUUUUAGUUUUAUUCCCUUAUGAAAUUGUGUGCAAAUAGCGAGUAAGGAAUUAUACGUUCUUAGAUAUUUAACUUAAUAAAUAAACUAGAUAAUAGCAACAAAAUGUUGAAAACAAUCGAACUGGACAAACAGAUUGUCCAAGCAAUUAACACAAUCAUAUCUUCUGCGAGAGUAACAAUAGGUCAUGUGUACAAUCUUGGUUAGAAUAGAAUAAAUAGCAGUCAUCAUUAGAAAAUGUCUAAAUAAGAAUCUGUCUGUGAAAAAUGCAAUGUAUUGGGACUUUCGGGAGUUUAAAUAAAGCAUAUAUUUUUCCUAGGA